GACAGCGCCACAUGUUGCCAGUGCGGCCAGGAAAUAUCCAGCAAGAGGUUCGCUUUAGCGUUUGGUGUUCAGCAGGUGUAGUUUGCUAGCAGCGAGGCUAGCUUUAGACACUGCUAACACAUCAGCGGCUAUGGCUUUUGGGGUUUGCUUUUGCGUGGCCGUACUCCAGUUUGCAUGGUUCCCUGCAAAAUCUGAAAAUGUUCCUGAAGGAGUUCAUCAAAUGGAGUGUUAUGAUCGCUACUUCAUGAUAGCUGUUGAUCUUUCCUUCACUGGAGAGGAACCCCGCUUUGAGGCCGUCGAUGGAACAGGCGUGUACCCCAUCACUGAGCAGUAUUCAGCUGAGUGUGGCUACACUGUAAGUGUUCUCCCUCUUCCAGGCCACGUGGAGCUCCGAGCCUCUUACCUCAGCUGUCACGCUGACAACAACGAUGACGAAGUGUUCACAUUUAACUUCAACCUGAUUGCAAACCAUGAAGGGAAGGAGAUCACCUAUGCCUUGAACAAGACCUGUUCUCCCUCCCUCCCUUGGUCUCCCAGAGAGGUUACCUGUGAGACCAACUACAUGGAAGUGUCCGUGAGGAGUGAGGUGGCCUGUCCAUCUGGAACAAAUGGAGACGACUCAAUUGCUGAUAAAUCUGACCAAGCAUCAGCUACUUCAGACUGGCAGGUGAUGUUUCAGAGAGCGGGGGAGAAGUUGAUACCCAUGAACCUCUCUGAAGCUCGUAAUCAGCGCUAUGUGUUUGACCUGACGGACAGAAGACUUGUAUUUCGUACACCUUAUGGACAAGCAGACUCCUUCAGCGAGGAGGUGAAUGGUGUUCCAGUAGAGGUGGUCCAUGCAACUCUGUUCUCCAGACAAAGCUGGGUUGUCCUCAUGGUCGACCUUGUGGCUGCUUGCUCCAUGCACGAAGGAUCAUAUGAUGACCAUGGAUACAUGAAGUGGCAGACUCCUGAGGUGCUGCACCCGCUGGUGUCUGGUUUGAACGAAACACGGGUCACACUGGGACUGAAUGGUGAACUCUUGGAGCAGCCAGUUGCAGAGGAGAGAGGCUACAUUGUGGAGAGGCACAACGCUACAGUUGAGAUCAGCAUCCCCUAUAACGCUGAAGGAGGAUACAGAAAGAGCUUUGUGACUGGGGGUCUCCGAGAAUUUUACAUCUUUAAUCUCUACUUGGAGCAAACCCUGGUGGAUGAGGAUGAUGCAGAGACCAGAAUGAGGUUACACAGGACACUGGCCACUCCCCUGCUGCUGCGCCCUGUUUUCACUGUUAACAGAACCAUUCUUGAAGAGCAAAUGUUCACCAUCUACCUUGGCGAUAUCCCUGAAGACAUUGAGCUGGCUGCUGUUCAGCUGAACGGACAAGAGUUUUCAGUUCCCUUUACAAAUGCAAGCGGCUGCGCUGUCACAAAAGUUGUUCAUCCCAACAACACCCAUGGCUACACGCUGAAGGUGCCUUUCAAUGACUCGUACAUCAUACAUCAGUUCUCCAAAGAAGAUGAAUCCAUGAAGCACACGCUGGACAUCAACUACACACUAACAAUUCUACCUGAAAAUGAGCCUUAUUACCAUCUGGCAUCCGUCAUGGCACUAACUGAUGUCUCUCCUCCAGAGUUUGGUGCAGUCUGUUCGGAGUCUGGCAUCCGCUUCAAACUGGACCACCGGCCUUUCGAUUACAUGUGGUACAUUAAUAUCGGCUCUGAACUGCUGACGCCAGAGCUGGCAGCCCAGCACGGCUACAUCAUGAGCAACGAUAGCCAGAGUCUGUUGCUUGAGGUGCCCCUCUUCACAUAUGGAUAUGAAUACAAGGACUUCGCUUUGAAGGGGUUCCUUGGUACAUUUGAGAUCCUUGUGAGGGAUCAUGAAACAUCAGAGGUCCAGAGUUCAGCUGUCAAGACUUGUCCAUUCACUAGUACUGAACUUAUUGUGUGUUCGACUGAUGGCAGGAUGACUGUGGUGGCGAACUUGUCUCUGGCCAUCCCAAGUGGAGGAAGCCCUGCUAGGACCAACCUCAUCAACAUGUACUGUGGCCCCAAAGAAGCCGAUGACACCAGUGCUCUCUUCUCUUUCCUACUCAACAGCUGUGGAUCCACAGUCAAGCUUGGCAAGGAAACUGUGACCUAUCAAAAUGAGAUUUUGUACAGCAAGAAACACCACAGUGUGAGCAAAGCUGCCUCUGAAGAAAUUACUGACAGGGUGACGGUGCAGUGUACAUAUCCCCUGGCCGGACUCCAUCGCCUCUUCUCGACGUACAGGUUUGAGUCUGACUCAGCUGGCAUCGGCAGCAUCAUCCACACUAUGCCAUCCACAGCAGGUGCACCAGGUCCACAGGUCCCCACCACCAAGCAGGUGCUUCAAACCACACCUGCUACAAAAACACCAAACCCAACGCCUGUAGCUUUCCAGCCUGCUUUCCACCCCCCUGCUCGCUACGUCAAAGUGCCUGCAUUUAAUAGAUUUCGUGGCAUGAUAAAAGGAGCUGGAGAAACCUUGCAAACCAGUGUAAAUGCUGCCAACAUUUGAAGGAAAAAAAAUGUAUAGGAGAAUUUGUAAUUGAAUAAACUUUUCUUAAAUGCUGUA